AUGAAGUUGAUCGGAACCCUCUUCAUCAUUAUUCUCUCUGCAUCUCUAUCUUACGCCGGUAUAAAUACUUUAAGUCCUUUUAGCUCAACAACAUGGACUGCAAAUAGUGCUGUGCAAAUUACUAUUUCUGAUGAUGGAAAAGCCCCUCUAAUGAAUACUUUACAUAAUAUAACUUGCGAUUUAUAUGCCGGCAACUCACAAAACCAAGUUUUUGUUGCAAACAUUGCAAAAGCUGUAGAUUGUGCAACUACUCAAUCCAUACCAUACACCGUUUCCCCAACCGUGGGUCCAGAGGCUUCAUGCUACUUCAUUAGAUACACUGAUGGAAGUAAUUCAAGCAAUAUCUUCUAUUCUGGUUUAUUUACUAUCAAAGGAACAGCUGCCACGCAAGCACCUGCGUCAUCUCCUGCAUCAAACCCAAAUCCUUCACCUAACUCUCCAUCAAAAUCUAACUCAUCACCUACCGCAUCAGGAACACUUAAAGCUCCCACUGCUGCUUCAAGUUCAAGUGGAGAUUUUAAUCAUCCAAUUUCUAAUUUUGCUGGUUUGUCUUUAGCUAUUAUUGCUAUUGCCUUUACGUUGCUUUAA